GUUUACUUCGUACAGAAGGAGUGCAGUCAAGCCAUGCAAUAGCUUCCUUGUCUCUACUCCGUAUACCAUCCCCCUUUGGCAAAAGAUGCCCAUGUAACCGACUAGUCUUCCAUCAAAUACCUUAGCAACCCGAAUGACUUGGGCCUCAGUCUUGACCACCAUCUCUAAUGGCACGCUCUAUGCUCUGGCUUGCCUUGGCGGCUGGGGAUCCGGUCUGCUACGUGUAGUGGUCUGGCCAUUGCUGCGUCUGGUUUACACAAUCCUUCUUUCUCUCCUCCUUCCCUGGCAGCUUCUUGGCAGGUUUGAGGCCAUGCUUAGCUUCAUUGUGACCGCGGUACUGGCGGGAGCGAUCCUGGGGCUCGCCAUCCAUUUAAUCACCACGCGUACGAUUGAUGCGCUUUAUCGAUGGGUUGAAUCGAUCUGGAAUCCUGCAUCCCGCCGUAGAGGGGGUGGAUCUCGGGGGCGGCGUUUGCUUGAGGCCGUCAAAGGUGCACCUUCAUAUUCACCCAGCCAUUCCGUAUCAUCCGACGAGGAUAUUAUGGAAUGGUACGACCGGCAAGACCAAUCGCCACAGAACGACGGUACAAUAGUUGAGGAGGAGGAAGAGUCGAGCUAGGCGACAGUCCAUUGUAAUCCCUCGGUGAUAUAUCCAGGCCGGCUGAUGGGAGUCUACGGAGGAUGUGGUAAUGUAUAAACUAUAAUGUACUAGUAUAUCAAGAGUGGAACGGUUCGGAUAGAUAGACCUUCCAGCAGAUAAUCUCCAGGUUUGAUUGACGCAAUCAAUCUGCGACAGCCAUGGUUCGCGGCGGCGGCGAUGGACUACUAUGGAUGGACCCUGCCGUUGCGCUCCCCACCAUCCGUUAGUCUAAUCAAAUUGAAAUUGCGCUGCAAUUGAGG